AUGGGCACCGGGCUGCUGGCGCUGGCCCUGCUGGCCGUGGCCCUCCUGCCGCGCGCGGCUGCCACGCUGCGGAUCGGCGCCUUCAAUGUCCAGGCGUUCGGCGACAGCAAGAUGUCCGACUGGACCGUCGCAGGCAUCCUCGUCGACAUCCUUAUCCGCUACGACAUUGCCCUGGUGCAGGAGGUGCGGGACUCGGACCUCAGCGCUGUCACUGAGCUCAUGGAACAGCUGAACAGUGCGUCCACGUUCCCGUACGCCUAUGAGAUCAGCGGGCCCCUGGGAAGGGAGAACUACAAGGAGAUGUACCUCUUCAUCUACAGGACGGAGGUUGUGUCUGUGGUGGACACCUACCAGUACGAGGACCCCCAGGAUGUCUUCAGCCGGGAGCCGUUCAUCCUGAGGGUGUCAUCACCCCGCACGAAGGUAGAGGAGUUCGUGCUGGUGCCGCUGCACUCGGCGCCAUACGCCGCCGCGGCCGAGAUUGAUGCGCUCUACGACGUCUACCUGGCCAUCGUCAGCAAGUGGGACACCGACAACAUCAUGUUCCUGGGGGACUUCAACGCCGACUGCUCAUACGUCAGACAAGACGACUGGUCCUCCAUCCGCCUGCGCACCAGCGACAUCUUCAAGUGGCUGCUCCCUGACAGCACUGACACGACCGUGGGGAAGUCGCAUUGUGCCUAUGACAGGAUCGUGGCGUGCGGUGCCAAGCUGAAGAGAAGCGUCGUGCCAAACUCGGCUACCGUUUACAAUUUCCAGCGUGCUUUCCAACUGGAGCAGGAGGAGGCCCUGGCGGUCAGUGACCAUUACCCAGUUGAAGUCAAGCUGGCGGCCUGA